AUGCCUCGUACGUUGGUUAUCCUUCCCCGUCUGGCUACGUCACCCUCCAUCCAUAUACCUUACCUUCCGUCUCACCAAGUCUAUACGUUUCUGGACGUUUCAUCUCUCAUAUCAAACGGGCCUCUUCUUGAGCCGUCAGCUGGUUGUCGUCUACUGUUUGAUUCCGUGACUAAGGAGGCUUCCUCAGUUCCCUUGGCCCUCGCCGUACCCGCCGCAGCCGCUGGCGCUGCGUACCUAAACGCCCGAACCUCGCUCUGGUACGAUGUCCGCCUCCUCCAAUGUAUCGUCCCUGGCACCUUGGCCCUGCACUGGCGAGAGCGAACCGACCGCCUCAACCCUUUUUACAUCCUCGAACGCCGCGCCCGGGAUAAGGCCUCUGCAAGCCGCAUCUUCAUCAUCUUCGAGGGCAAGUCGUAUACAUACGCUGAAGUCUAUGAGAAUGUCCUCAAGUACGGCACAUGGCUGCGCGAACAACACGGAGUCAAACCGAAGGACAUCGUUGCCAUGAACUUCCAAAACUCAGACCUCUUCGUCUUUGUCUGGUUCGGUCUGUGGUCCAUCGGUGCGAAACCUGCUUUCCUCAACUACAACCUGUCGGGCAACCCACUUGCCCACUGCAUCAAAACUGCAACUGCCUCCUUGGUCAUCUUAGAUCAAAAUGGGACCAGCAAUGUGACCGAUGGUAUUCGUCGCGACCUUGAAGAUGUCCGCUUCAUUGUUCUCACCCCGGCGCUGCAGGCCGAUAUCGCCGGCAAUGAGCCUCGCAGAUAUCCAGACUGGGACCGUUCUGAAAGUGCUUACCAUAACCUUGCUAUUCUUAUAUCCACUUCCGGUACCACUGGUUUACCUAAGGCGGCGGUCGUCUCAUAUGGGAAACUCAUCAUAGCGGCUACUUUCUCUUCUCGGUUCUUAAAGAUCGGUACCCAAGACGUUUUCUACACCUCCAUGCCAUUAUAUCACAGCUCCGCCUCCCUCCUCGGUUUCUUAAACGUCCUGGAGGCCGGCGGCACUAUCUGUCUGGGGCGCAAAUUUUCUAGCAAGACGUUCUGGCCGGAGGUCCGCGCCUCCGGCGCGACUGUCAUCCAAUAUGUCGGCGAAACAUGCCGUUACCUACUAGCCGCGCCGCCGCAAAUCGACCCCUCGACAGGGGAGAAUCUUGACCGGAAGCACAAAGUGCGUGUCGCCUUCGGGAAUGGCCUCCGCCCCGAUGUGUGGAAUCAGUUCAAGGAGCGCUUCGGCGUUGAAGCCAUUGCCGAAUUUUAUGCCUCGACCGAGGGACCACUCGCGACCUGGAACUACAGCCGCAACGAUUUUUCCAAAGGCGCUGUCGGACGCAACGGGUCUCUGUACGGCAUCAUGAUGAGGGCCAAUGUUACUCUCGUGGAAGUAGAUCCCGAUACGUACGAGCCGUUGCGGGACGCCAAGACGGGACUAUGCAAAACCCCCAAACCGGGACAGCCGGGCGAAAUGAUUUGUCAUGUGCCUGCCAAAAACCUCGAGCGGCGGUUCCAGGGCUAUUACGGCAACCCGCAAGCCACGCUCCAGAAAGUGGCGCGAGAUGUCUUUCGCAAAGGGGACGCCUGGUUUCGCACGGGCGAUUUGAUGCGAUGGGAUGGCGAGGGUCGGAUCUUUUUCCACGAUCGCAUCGGCGACACGUUCCGCUGGAAAAGCGAGAACGUUUCGACACAGGAGGUGAGCGAGGCCAUCGACUCCCACCCAGCUGUCUUCGAGGCCAAUGUCUACGGUGUCGAGGUACCUCAUCAUGAUGGGCGGGCAGGCUGCGCGGCAAUCGUACUGGAGGAGGCCGCUGGCAGCCGUGUCAGUGUGGACGAGACACUACUACACAGCAUCGCGACUCACGUGAAGCAGCGGUUGCCGCGGUACGCGCUGCCUAUAUUCCUCCGAGUUAUGCCUCCGGGGACUAUGGAGACGACGAGCACGAACAAGCAGAUGAAGCAAGGGUUGCGGGAACAAGGAGUGAGCCUCCCAGAUGGGGACCCAAGUCGGAUGUUCUGGUUGAAGGGGGAUACAUACGUGCCAUUCUCAAAGAAGGACUGGCAAGAGUUGAACGGCGGAAGGAUAAAGCUCUAG